UCCAGCCGCCCACCCCCUCCCCCUCUGCAAAGCUUCGCCCCUGCCCUUCUCCCUCUCUCGCUCCGUCACUCCUUCCGUCGCCCUCGCCGUCGGCGCCUCGCCCUCGCCCUCGCUCUCGCCUCUCGCUGCUCCGUCGCUCUCUGCCUCUCUCUCCUCUCGCUGCUCCGUCGCUUCGAGCCUUCGUCGCAGUUUCGCACCCUCGCCAGCUCUCCCUCUGUCGCUCGCCCUCGUGGCCGGUGGCUUGCUCUUGCCUCUUGCUCCGUCGCUCUCUGUCGCUGGUGGCUCGCUGCCUCAGGGCCCCAAAAUCUCAGGUACGGCACUGCCGCCGGAGCAGUCGAAAGGGGAUUCCGCAUUGACUCGUCCCCGGCACCGGCAGGGGAGGAAACAGCCGCGCGCGACGGGCAAUGGAGAACUUCACGGCCCUCGUCAUGAAACUGGCCGCCUCCGAUCCCUCCAAACCCCUGACGCCCGGUCGGAAGGCAGCCAUCGAGAAACACCUCCGUAACUGCUUCACCGAGUUUCGCACUCCCAAUCAUCCUACCUACGCUGCGAUGAUAUACAAGGCACUAUUGGGACUGAAGGAUGAUGGAGGCUCCACUGAGGGAUCCAUAUCAGAGUUUAUUAGGAAGGAGUAUGACGAUUUGCCUUGGGCUCAUUUCACUUAUCUGAAACAUAAUCUAAAGAAGCUUUGUGAUAGUGGUGAGAUUGUUAUAACUAGUAGCAACCGUUAUUUGCUUGCUGAUGGAACCAUGGGCCUUAAUUCUGGUCAUUGCUCUAGUCCUAAGCCAGAGUCAACAAAGCAGGUGCAGAAGCAUAAGGGGAAGAAAUUAAAUGGGCGAGCCAGCCGGGGUAGAAAGAAUAAAGUUAAAGAGAACAUUCAAUGCGAAGGAGAAUAUAUGGUAGUGUUUCAAGGGCCAAACCAAGUACAAGAUCAACAUGAUCAAGUGAUUGAAGAAUGGAAUAUACCAGUGGAACCACAUAACAAUCUGAUUGAAGAAUUAAGUGUGCUACAAGCUCAAAAGCUAGACAAACAAAGUAUUCUCAUUGGAAAACAGAACCAACCUGAAGAACAGGUCAUGGGUUUAGAGCAUAUAGAGCCAAAUCAACUAGAAGAUGCAAGCCCUGAAAGACCUCCCGGGUUUGAGUUUGUGACAGUUCAGGAAUUGUCCAAGUUACAGGAGAGACCACUUCUAGAAGGGUCUCCAUUACUUUGUUCUCAGCAGAAGAAUCCAAAAACCCACCUGGAAACAAGAAGGAUACCUGUUGAUAUACCUUUCAAUGCAAAGCAGCUUAAUGAGGAGAAGCGAUGUGAGCAAAUAUAUUUAAAGGUGCCUCAAGGUACACCUGAUACAUUCUUGCCUCCUUCAACAUCAAAAAAGCCUGCAGGUUUAGCUUCAGAUGCAUAUUUGGUUGAGCAAGAGCAGCAACCAAUGUCCUCGAACCAAGAGAUGCAGAUAGAGCUUGAGCUAGCGACAACAGAGAGACUAUCUCAAACAGAGAGGAUAAUAUUGGAGGUGCAACACCAACAGGUGUUGGAUAAGCCACAGUGCAGACAAUUACGCCAACGGCCUCCUAAAUUUGAAGCUGCUGCUACAAUUACAAAAGAUGAAUGGUUGGCUCAAAGCCAUCAGCCCAGGGCGCAUCACUAUCAGGAGAAUAUGCAGCCCCCAAAUAGAGGAAAGCUGCAGCAGUUGAAACAGGCACCGGCAGAGGAAUCAACUCAAGGAGAGCAACAGCGAUCAAAACUCAACAGUAGGCUGAAGUUGCUUUUAUCUUAUCCAGAACGAGCAAAGAGUUGUAUUGAUUCACAGAGAGAGCCUGGGCAUCAAACAGUAAUUUCAAGUUCUGAAAGCGCAGAGGGUCAGUGGGACAAACAGUUACAGAAAAAGCCAUGCCGUGGGCAGUCACGGACUUUGCACCCCAAAUCUGAAGCAACUGCCACUGCAACUCCAUUAGAGCCUACACAAGAUCAGGACAAGGAGCAGCAACACCCAGCUCCAAAAAGACGUCAGCGAUCUUGUAAGUCUUCACAUAAUUCUGAGCAACAGCAUCUGGAGCAAACAAGGAGUGAAACCCAAGGAAGGUCUCCUAACCAAAAACCAGGUGAUGCAACAAGCAACAAUUUGUUGCUUUUGGAGAACCAGUUGCAAGCAUACAAGCGCAGGGGCCUCCGGGCAAGGAAAGACAACGGAGGCUGGACAAAGUAAAAUGACACAAACCUGGGUUGUUAACAAAAGUUGGGGAAGUUGACAAUACAGAUCAGUAGACUUGUUGGAGAGGAGAAUGCCAAAGAGAAGACACUGGAGUUUGUGGGCAGAAUAGAAUAUCUAAGAAGGACCUGCAAAUCCACAUUUCUUGUUGGGCGAAUUAGGGGGGGAAGUCUUUCAUAUAAUAGGGAAUUAUAGCUGGCUGUUUCUUGUUUUCUGAUUGAACCAUUUAUACUCUCAGCAUAGGAUAGGAUUUUAUCUGUUUGAUGCUUAAACAAGUUUCAGGAGUUCCUAUUCUUUGUUUCAAGCGUUCAAAUUCCUCUAGAAUUAAGGUAAAAGUUUGUUUCUUUUACUUGAUAAAUUUGGAUAAAGUUCA